CUGUAACACUAGCACCUCGAACAAGACAAAUCACGUUUCCAGUGGAUCGUCAGGCCAGAUGCUAGCCCGAUAGACCAACGAACUAACCGUCAGCAUCCACAGCAGACGAAUCAUCGACAUGAUUUAAAGACACUUUUGGCGUGCCAAAAAUAGUCGCGGCAGGUCUUUUGCCUGAGGCAGCAGCACCGCCCCUGCCCUGUUAAUUAGCCGCUUUCCCAAUCCGUUCAAGGCCGAGUAUGAGCUAUUGCUACGACAUCUCCUCAGCUCGUUCGCGAGGCAAAUGGUAUUGAAACCAUUGUUUUACUUCGAGUUGAGACUAUUUGCUUCCUUUGUUGUAGCUUGAGCUCUCGGUGGAAAGACAAAGAACCUUUGCAUUGGACGCUCUCGGGUCCCUGUUAUAGGUCACUUCCCCGCGGUCGAUUCGCAUGCGUCGAGUACGAACACCGAGCUGCACCUACAGGCUCACUACCCGGAAGAUCUUACACGGUGAUUUUACCAACCUCUGUCGACUAGAUGCGCCCUCAUGCCCUCCCGGCCUGGACGUGACCCGCCGCUGCCUCCGCUGCCUCCAAUCUUGAGCCCUGGCGUCACCGCUCCUCCCUCGAACCUUCCUCGGGCGACUCCCUCAGCUCCUGCCCCAGAAAUCAGUAGGAGGCGGCUACCGGAGCAUCAGAAUGCGCUGACAAUGGUCCCGAUGAACGGCCCUGCGCCCACCAGUCCCCGCCGUGGGCACCACCGCUCAAUCAGUCAUCCAUUUCCGUUCCCUGGACUUGGGAAGAGGCGUGAUAAGGCGAAAGCCAAUAUGUGGGAAUCAGAUUCGGACUCGGAUGAGGUUACCUUCCCCACCGACACUGUUAAUAAAAGCCCGCGCAAGGACUCGAAGGCUGGAGGAGAUCUGGCAGAAACAAAGUGUCAAACCUGCAAUUCGACCGUGCGGUGGCCACGGGACUUGAAGACGUUUCGAUGUUCUGCCUGCUUGAUGGUGACCGAUCUGGAUCCCGAACCACCGACCGAUUCCAAGACGUCCGCCAACCCUGACACCGAAGACCGGUCUCGCGGUGGGCGCGUUAAAAAGCACCCCGUUGACGAUCGUCCCUUACCACCGCUGCCACCAUCCGCACGACCACCAGAGCAAAAGCAGGGGAUGCUAUUUUCAGCCAAGUCUAUGAGCGACAUGAUCGACAAAUGUCUUUCAAACUACUUUGACAAUCUUUUAGAUGGAUCAAGCCCCAGUUCGGGACCAGCCUAUGAUCGCAAUGGCCGAGCACGUCCUCUCAAACCGGAGGAAGCGUCUUCAUCGAUAAGCCGUGGCCCUGGUGGUCACCUGUCAGCCCCUCGAGACCCCCGCAGCCGUAGCACUUCUGGGUCUGGCGAACGACUUGGUGUACCGACAAAUCCGUCGACGUUCUUGACACCCCACGUGGCCCAGUGGGAGGGCAAGGAUACACCAGUACGGACUCGAGCCAAUUCAGAUCUACAGUCAAAUCAGAAUAUCGAUCGGCGUCCUCGAGAUCGCCCAGCACCCCACUCAGAUCUGGAGAACAAACAUCGCGAAACUCACCAUGCAGUAUUUGAGCGACUGGAGAAUUACCUCAUCUCUUCUUUGAAAGGCAUCGACGUUCUUAAUACGUCUUUCUCGACGCAUCAACCCUCUAUUCGAUCCGCUAGUAGCGGUAAUCCCCCGACGAUGAAAAUAGAUUCCAAUGCUAUCAUGGAACCGAACUUGAACGCGGCCGUGUUCGAACCCGAUGCCAAAACACUUCUCCUGGGUGAUUUGGCCGAAAACUCAUCUUGGUGGAUGACAGAAUGGGCUCAGGCUGAGGGACACAUACCUUCAUCGGCCAGAGAGAAAGGACAUUCGGAUUCCCGUUUGGUGUCGUCAAGGUCUCCUCGGAUCAACUGGGCUGAGGUGGGACGGUGGUAUCAGUUGCUGCUGACCGCCGGGAGCUCCUGGGCCGAACGUUGGGUUGCAAAAAGACCCGAGCAUAUACUUUCAGAGACCGAUGCGGCUCGUUACAAGAAAUGGGAAGCAGUGGAUCUUAUUCAGCUGGAGAGGGAAAUCAUUGAUUCUCGUAUUCAUCUCCAGCGGACCUUUAUGAAGGCAGUCGAGAAUCUUUUGAAGCGUCCGCGCCGUGUCCUCAAGAAAGCAGACGAUACCAGGUGGUUGUUCGUCUUGCUUGCCAACCCUUUGUUGUCAUCGCCUGGUGCUUAUUCGGCCUCUCGAUCUGCACAAGCACCACAUCGCGAUGGUCGACGCCCAUCCCACCCGAGUGACAGUCCACGAACGACUACGCGGGAGGGCAAGUCCUCGCACAAAGAUCCCCAUCGCCACGGGGGCGCUAAUCACCAUCACGGUCUCGUGAAGCGGAUCCUGGGAUUGAUGUCUAAUGCCUCCAAUGAGUGUCAUCACUAUUUUAUCUCCUGGUUCUCCCGAUUCUCUCCCACUCAGCUUGAACGAAUUGUAGAAUUGAUCGGUGGUUUUGUGACGUAUCGAUUGAUUCGUCAACAUGGUCGCAAGCGCAACGACAUUGCAAAAGAUGGAGAUGACCUGAUCCCAAGUUUUGCUAGCGCCGCGGGCAACACCCCUGCGGAGCUACAUGCAGCUAUUAACAAUCGUCGCAGCCCCAACAAAAAGCCAGAGAAGAAGAAGGAAGCUCCGAUUGUAUAUGUGGAGGAUUGGCAGAUCAAAGCUGGGUCAAGAAUAUUGUCCUUGUUAUUCACUGCGAAUACGGACGGGUCCAGGAAGUCUGAUCUACAAUUGCGAGAUCCACGAACUCAGCGUCAUCCUAACUCCGCAGCGCAGUCAGGACGCCGUGACAAUUACAUGGUCCCCAUCAGUGCCUUCUAUAAUACCUUACUGGACUACUCGGAUCUCAUUGCCGACUUUGAAGUUUGGGAGUCAAAAAGUUCCAAGUUCUCGUUUUGCCAGUAUCCUUUCUUCCUGAGUAUCUGGGCCAAGAUCCACAUCAUGGAGCACGACGCCCGGCGUCAGAUGGAGGUGAAAGCGCGCGAGGCCUUUUUCAGCAGCAUUCUCAACCACCGUGCGGUCAGCCAAUAUCUCGUCCUGAAGGUGCGACGCGAAUGUCUUGUCGAAGAUAGCAUGCGCGCUGUGAGCGAGUCUGUUGGGGCUAGUUCCGAAGAGAUCAAGAAGGGACUCCGUAUUGAAUUCGUUGGAGAGGAAGGUAUUGAUGCCGGUGGUCUUCGCAAGGAGUGGUUCCUCCUGCUGGUUCGGGAGGUCUUUGAUCCCCACCAUGGUCUAUUCAUCUACGAUGAUGACUCCCAGUAUUGCUAUUUCAAUCCUUACUGCUUCGAGUCCUCUGAGCAGUUUUACUUGGUUGGCGUUUUGUUUGGCCUUGCUAUCUACAACUCCACCAUCUUGGACGUCGACUUGCCGCCAUUCGCAUUCAGGAAAUUGCUUGCCGCCGCGCCACAGAACACUGGAUUACAUCCUUCUAACCCUCACCGCUCGAAGUUCAAGUGUACAUUGGACGACCUUGCCGAGUUCCGACCCGCUCUUGCCAAGGGACUGAGGGGCCUUCUCGAGUUCGAGGGUGAUGUUGCUGAGACAUUUUGCUAUGACUUUGUUGCUCAAAUUGACCGAUAUGGAGAAGUCGUGAGCGUACCCUUGUGUACAGGGGGCGAGAAGCGACCUGUGACUAAUUCUAAUCGGCGUGAAUUCGUCGAUUUGUACGUUCGCUACCUUCUUGACACCGCCGUGGCCCGGCAAUUUGAGCCGUUCAAACGCGGGUUCUUUACCGUGUGCGGGGGUAAUGCUCUCUCGCUAUUCCGAUCUGAGGAGAUUGAGUUGCUGGUUCGCGGUUCCGACGAAGCCCUCGAUGUGACCUCGUUGCGAGCCGUUGCUACCUACGACAAUUGGUCAACUCCGCGACCCGAGGCCAUUGCGGUGGUGCAAUGGUUCUGGGACUUUUUCGAGACCGCCCCUCCCCAGGCCCAACGGAAGAUUCUUUCCUUCGUGACGGGUAGUGAUCGGAUUCCCGCUAUGGGUGCCACCAGCUUGUCUAUUCGGCUCGCAUGCCUCGGAGACGACUGCUCCCGGUAUCCGAUCGCACGGACCUGCUUCAAUACACUCGGCCUGUACCGCUAUGGUUCUCGGGAGAAGCUUGAGAAGUUGCUUUGGGAUGCAGUGGUGAAUAGUGAGGGCUUCGGAUUAAAAUGAUCCAUUUGCCUCUCCUUUUGACUUUGUCUGAUCGCUUCUUACUGGCUUAUGGCCGUAUUUCUCAUGAUAGCUAUCAAUGUUUGUGUAGACGCUGGACGUUGGAUUCUGUUUGAACAGGAAUUCGUUUCGCGAGUAAGGAGUUGACGAUGCCGUUGCUCAAUGCGGUGCAUUGUGGACAGCAACUACUUUUUUUUGUUUUUUGCUGCAUUUUCAGAUGCACAUUGAGGGCGUUUUUUGGGUUCAAUUAAUUAUUCAAUGGCACACGAUUUCUCCAGGUUGGGACUCACCUUCCCCACAUUCCAUCAUCUGGAAAUCGUUAGAAUCUAGUACGUAAAUUGAACAGUCAUAACUGGAAAAGUCCACCGGGA